AUGUCAGCUGCCCAAGACGAUCAGCAGCAAUCUGAGGAACCCCACUCAAAUGGCAAUCCAUAUUCGGACGAUAAUGUAGCCAGAAUUUGUGGCUCGUAUAUCGACAUCCGGCGAAUCAAGUACUACAAAGACACCUUGACCGGUAUCCUGAAGAAACAUGGCUGUAAUAGGAUUCUUGAUGCUGCCUGCGGUACCGGAAUAGACUCGAUGAUGUUGAUCGAAGAAGGUUUCAAAGUCGUGUCCGUCGAUGAUUCAGAGAAAAUGUUGAAAUAUGCGUUAAGGGCUCGGGAGGAGAAGAAGUACGAUGAAUGGAUCAUUGAAAAAGGAAAUUGGGAAUCUUUGCCAUCUGAUUUAGAAGCAUUCCUACCUGAAAUUCAGUUCGAUGCUAUCUUCUGCCUCGGAAACUCCUUUGCCCAUGUUCUAGAUGAGCACGGAGACCAGCGAACACAAAAACUGUGCCUGAAGAACUUCAAUAAGUGCUUGAAACCCGGUGGAUUAUUGUUCAUUGAUCAUAGGAAUUUUGAUGAUAUUCUAAACGGUGGAUCGGUACCUAAUCAUUCUAUUUAUUAUGAUUGGCAUCAAAUUAAGUCGACCGUAAUGCUUGACAGCGGGAAGCCCAAAACAGUAACGCUUCAGUACUACGUACAAGAAAAUACAGGAAUGAUUGAGUUCAGUCUGUCUCUUUACCUUCACAAACUCGAGAAUUUCACGAAGAUGUUGGACGAAGCCUUCGACAAUCGCGCUAAACAUGACAUCUACGCUGAUUUCAAGCCAAUGGGCCAAGUCCCAGUGCCUGGAUUCUAUAUACACGUAUUAGAAAAAUCAAAAGAGUAA